AUGGGUCUUAUUCUUCCUCUCCGAAUUGUCCAGGGCGUUCUGGCGUUGGUCAUCCUUGGUCUCUCGGCCUUUGUUGCCAACUGGUACAACAUGGACACGAUGACUUCAUCCCCGUCCCAGAUCAACUUCUUGGUCUUUGUCCCGCUGUGGUCUUUCAUUUCGAUUGCCUACCUCGAGCUUGUGCCCAAGUUCGCUCCUAGGGCUUCUCAUCCCUGGGGUGCUGUUGCCUUCGAGCUCCUCAACGUUCUCUUCUAUUUCGCCGGCUUCAUCGCUCUCGCGGUCUUCCUCAGCAAGCUCCUCUUCUGCCGUGGCACCGUGUGCGCUGCUGCCCGCGCCGACACCGUUCUGGCCGCCCUCGAGUUCUCCCUCUGGGCCGGCACUUCCCUGCUCAUGAUCAAGGAUGUUUUCAAGACGGGGUUCCGCAAGCCCAGCGCCGCUGGCCCCCCUCCUCAAAUGAAGGAGUCUGCACGUGAGGCAUCGGUGGAGCUGAUCAGAGCUAAGCGGAUGCCAUUGUGGGACCGGAAGAGCGAACGAAAAUCCAUCUGGGAACUCGACCAGAGACGCAUAUACGGCCCGGGAUUUAGUGAUGUGAACCUCGUCUAG